CAAUAAAUUUCUUUCGUUUAAGAAGUCGAAACAUCAUUAUGCUGGUUCAAAAUAUUUUGACUGUUCCUAUAGCGAUCAAAAUACAUGUACUAUAAACGUUGUUCGUCUGCGUGGAAAAAAAUCUUGCUUUAGAGUGGAAACAGGCACGCCAAAAGGUUAAGCCAUGGACGCCCCUAUGAUGUUGAUAGUGGCACUCGUGCUGACUAUAUGUGCAUUGGUUUUCCAAAUCAUCGGUCUGGCAAGCCCAUAUUGGGUCUACUUGGAAAGUGGACCUGCCAAGGUGUACUCCGGUUUAUGGAAGACUUGUACAGAAUUACAAGAGACGACAGAUUGUAGAGAUUUUGACGAGGUGAAAGACUGGUUAGAGGCUGUACAAGCUAUGAGCAUUCUGGGGUUUCUUGUGUUGCUUGUCGCUGUUGUCAUGACAAUUCUGAAACUAUUCGUCAUGAAAGACAAUAAGCCUGUCCUGUUCGCCGGUAUAGGAACAUCAUUUGCUGGAGGGAUCUUCAUUUUGAUAACAGUUGCAGUCUACGCAGCGAAAACGAAUGAUCUUUACGAUAAUUUUGAUUUCGACUAUCAUUUUGCAUUUGCCUUCAGUAUCAUUGCAAUGAUAACGGCCUUUGCAGCAGGGGGCGUGAUGAUAUUCGGAAUGAUGAAAGAAUGAAUUUCAAAAACCUUCAAGGAAGUGUAUUUAAGAUUAGAAAUAACUAAAAUAUCCAGUGUUUAGAAAGCCUUUGUUAAUUUCUUCCGAGAAAAUGUUAGUAAACUUGAAAACUUUUAUUAAUAUUCACAAAAAUUUUAACAAUAAAUAGAAA